AUGGAAUCGAUGUACGGCAUCAGGAAAAGUGGAACCGAUGAGGGUGGGGAUGAUGUUCAGAUUGCGGGUCCGUCGGGCCAUGUCAAUUUUUUUGCUGAUUUGGAAGCGGAAGACCGCAAGAAUUUGGGCACGGGAAAUCGUGAGUACGAACUGGAGAAGCGAAAAGAGAAGGAAGAUUAUGAGAAGAAAAUCGGUAUCCUGCAGUAUCUUGGUCAGGGUUCCAGCGAACUGACAAAAGUGAAGCCAUGGUACGAAAAGGCCCCAGAGAAGAAGAAGGGUUCUGAUAUUUCCGUAAGCUUGGAAAAUACGACGUCAAAAAUAGAAAUCAUAAGGAAACGUAUCAAGGACGCGGACAGCAAGAAGCAUAAGAAACAUAAAAAGCACAAACAUGGCGCAGCGGAGCGGCAUCGCAAAAUGAGUGAAAAAAAGAGACGAAGACAUCAUAGUUCUUCAGAAAGUUUACUCAAUGAGGAAUUAGUGGUUGUAGAAGAAGCUGCGAAAAAGCAAAAGUUGGAAAAAUUGAGGCAAGAGCGGCUGGAAAGAGAAGCAAAAGAGAGAAAGCGUUUAGCAGAGCUCUUGACGCCGGCCGAAAAUAGGGCGAAUGAGGCGAAGUUGGCGCCGAAGUACAAUUCACAGUUCAAUCCUGAACUAGCAAGACAGAACCGACCUCGUUGA